AUGAAGAGCAAUAAGCAGCAUUUUCGUCAUAUAUUACUUUUUUACUAUAGAAGAGGUAAAAAUGCUGUUCAAGUUAGAAAGAAAUUAACCAAUGUGUAUGGAGAAGAUGUGUUGACAGUACAUGCACCAAGUUCUGAAAGGCCAGUUGAAGCUGAUAAAGACACGAUAAAGCCAUUAGUUGAUGCAAACCGGCAAAUAACAACACGUGAGAUCGGUGAGAGGUUGAAUUUAUCAAAUUCAACUGUUUAUGAUUACUUGAAAGGCCUGGGUUUAACCCCGAAGCUCGAUAUAUGGGUUCCCCAUGUUCUCACAGAGAGAAAUUUCUGUCGUCGCGUUGACGUCUGUGAUUCGCUUCUCAAACGUCAUGAGGAUGAUCCAUUUUUGAAGCGCAUCAUUACUGGGAACGAAAAAUGGGUCAUUUUACCGGAUAACACAACAAUUAAUUCGGAAGUCUACUGUCAUCAGCUGGACAAACUGAAUGAUGCACUUCAACAGAAAAGGACAGAAUUAAUCAACAGAAAAGGUGUAGUGUUCCACCAAGAUAAUGCGAGAUCUCAUACAAGUUUGGUCUCUCGCCAAAAAUUUUUACAGCUUGAAUGGGAUACAAUGCCACAUCCACCAUAUUCUCCAGAUCUGGCACCUUUGGAUUAUUAUUUGUUCCGAUCAUUGCAAAAUUUUUUAGACGGUGAAACCUUCACUUCAAAUGAGAAGGUCAAAAACCACCUCGAUUAG